AUGUCUGGUCGUGGAAAAGGAGGCAAAGGACUUGGCAAAGGAGGAGCAAAGCGACAUCGCAAAGUUCUUCGUGACAACAUCCAGGGAAUUACCAAGCCGGCCAUUCGUCGACUUGCUCGUCGUGGAGGAGUGAAGCGUAUCUCCGGACUGAUCUAUGAGGAGACUCGCGGUGUUUUGAAAGUGUUCCUGGAGAAUGUGAUUCGCGACGCUGUCACCUAUUGUGAACAUGCGAAACGAAAGACCGUCACUGCGAUGGAUGUCGUCUAUGCUCUGAAACGCCAAGGACGUACCCUCUACGGAUUUGGAGGUUAA